AAAAAUGAUUCCUGCCUCUCUCUCUCUCUAAACAAAACACUCCCAUAGAAAUAUAUUGUACAACCGGAAAGGCGGUUUCAUUCAUCGAUUCUCUAGCUUUUCUGCAGAGAGACAAAUCAAGAAAGAAGAGUAGGUGGCCACCAUCGAUGGAUGGAAUGUACGGCUUCCAACCAACAUGUGACUACUCAGAUAAGGCGGGGAUGAUGAUGUUACCGGAUAAUCUGAUGUUUCCUUCGGACUACCAAACCUUGCUUUGCUCCUCUGCUGGAGACAAUCGCGUCUCAGAUGUUUUCGGAUCCGACGAGUUAUUCUCAGUAGCAGCCUCCGCUACUAUGUCGUCGGGGGUUGCAUCGAUGGCCCCUGGGAUCCGAAGAAACGAUGGUAACGUAUCGCUCGGUGUCAUUAAGGCGAAAAUCGCUUGUCAUCCUGCGUAUCCACGGUUACUACAGGCUUACAUGGAUUGUCAGAAGGUCGGAGCUCCGCCGGAGAUAGCCUAUUUACUGGAGGAGAUUCAACGGGAGAGCCAUGUGUACAAGCAAGGCGUUUCUCCGUCGUCGUCUUACUUCGGAGCUGAUCCUGAGCUCGAUGAAUUCAUGGAAACCUAUUGCGAAAUAUUGGUGAAGUACAAAUCGGACCUCGAGAGGCCGUUUGAUGAGGCGACGACCUUCUUGAACAAAAUCGAGAUGCAGCUACGAAACCUAUGCACUGGCGUGGAGUCUGCCAGGGGAUUUUCGGAGGAUGGUGCAGUUUCAUCUGACGAGGAAUUAAGUGGAGGCGAUGAGAUAUUACAGGAUGGGAAACAAAUAUGCGAAGACCGUGAUCUCAAGGACAGGUUGCUUCGCAAAUUCGGAAGCGGUAUAAGUUCACUAAAGCUGGAGUUUUCAAAGAAGAAGAAGAAAGGAAAGCUACCACGAGAAGCAAGACAAGCGCUACUCGAUUGGUGGAGUGUUCACUAUAAGUGGCCUUACCCUACUGAAGGUGAUAAGAUAGCAUUGGCUGAUGCAACGGGGUUAGACCAAAAACAGAUCAACAAUUGGUUUAUAAACCAAAGAAAACGUCAUUGGAAUCAGUCAGAGAAUAUGCCUUAUGCAUGAUGAACGAUCUAGUAAUGAGAAUGCAUGAUGGUAUUUUAACGUUGAAGUAAAAGAAAAGAAAUGGGCUUGUAUUGACAUGUUUCCUUUAGUAUAAAUUCUGCUUUGAUUUUUUUUUUUUUUGACUAAAUUUCUGCUUUGAUUUGCCGAGAAAAGAAGAAAAAAAAUGGAAAAAGAGCAGUGAAGGUUGGAUA